AUCAUACCAACAAUGAGAUAAGCCAGUCACGUGAUCUCGUCCACUGCAGCACCGUCCUCCGCUCGCCCCCGAACCGGAGCUCGGAGCCUCCAAAGGAGCUCCCGCAUCUCAAUAUUUGAUUCGUGCCUUCUGACGCCUUACUCUCGAUUCCGCACUCCUCCUCCUGCCCCGGCCCGUACCCAAAGAGAGACCCUGCAUCGCUCUCUUCCGCCCACUCUAAUCAGCCCAUGGCCCCAUUGCCGUAAACCUUGCCGUUCGUCGUGACCUUUCCUCUCUACUUUUGCCGAAAACCUUCGUUUUCUUUUCAACAUAUGACAUCAUCGAUUUUUGUGAGACGAAAAUCGACCUAGUCCGAAAUUGAGAUCGGUAGACAGAGUUGAGGCACACACAUUUGCACCUCUCUCUACGCAUCCCGUAUAGACACACCGCAUCACGUCGGGGGUCGUUGUUUUCUCAUGUUCGCGCGACUCACCCAGCUGUCUCGGCAUCUCCCCUCGGCCCAAUCGAUUACACAAGCCGUCAAGCCCGCCGCUUUCCCAGUCUCCUCCGGCUUCGCCCGUAACAGCAGGAUCAUGGUUUCGGCAGACGAACGCAACACCCGCACGAUUCACACGGCGGCGUGUCUCAUUAUCGGAGAUGAAGUUCUCGGCGGAAAGACUGUUGAUACAAACUCGGCUUACAUGGCCAAGUGGUGCUUCUCUUUGGGCAUUAACUUGAAGAGAGUCGAGGUGAUUGAAGACGACGAGAGCGAAAUCGUCGAAGCCGUCAGGCGCAUGAGCGAUCGUUACGACUUUGUGGUAACCAGCGGCGGAAUCGGCCCAACACACGACGACAUCACCUACCAGUCAAUAGCAAAGGCCUUUGACCUGCCCCUCGUCUUGAACCAGGAAGCCUUUGAAAAGAUGAAGAAGCUCUCCAAGCCGCAUCCGGGCCAGCCAAACUUCGACUGGGACGUCGACUCGCCCGCCCUGCAGGCGAAGCUGCGCAUGGUCAUCCUCCCCACCGACGAGAAGCGCGACCCCAAGAAGCAGUUCGUCUUCCCCCACGAGGACCUCUGGGUGCCGGUCAACGUCGUCAACGGCAACAUCCACAUCUUGCCGGGCGUCCCGCGACUUUUUGAGAAGCUCCUCGAUGGGCUGAAGCCAGGCAUCGUGCCCCGGCUCACCGAUCCCGAGGGCAAGGGUCUCUGCCGCGUGCUCAUCUCUACUCCGCUCCCGGAGAGCGCCGUCGCCGGGUACCUGACGCAGCUCGCGGCCAAGGUCGAGCCCAAGGGCGUCAAGGUCGGCAGCUACCCUCGGUGGGGUCAGAACGGUACAGUGACGCUAGUUGGAAGGGACCAGGCUUAUAUUGAGAGCAUCGUGGCCGAGGUUGUCCAAGGAGUCGAAGGUAAGCGUGUAAACGCGGAGGGUGAGGAUGAUACCCAGGGCGAAGCAGGGAAAGAUCUCGAAUAAUGGUUAGCAAAGCCUAAAACUCAAAUCAGAUAGGAAUCAACCCCCACGAUCCCGAAGGAAGUGGCUCCGUUGCGGCAAUAGCAAUCUUGUUCGGGAUAUCCGGUUGUAACUCUAUCAUCUGGAGUAUAAAGUGUUUGCGGAUCAAUU